AUGCAAGAGCCUGCGCUGGAUCACUCUGAGGAUAAAGCGGAUGUGACUAGACCUAGUGAGGAACCUGUUACGUUAACGCAAGAAGAACUGGAUCACAUUGCAUACAUAGCAAAACUCGCAGAGCAGGAUCAGCUCUCGCUAAUGCCAGUGACUUCCACCGUCGAGAGCACCGAGGAUAAGAGCGCAAAAAUUUUCCAAGAAAUUACUGAGAGCAAGAACCCAGUGGAACAUCCUGCUGAAGCACCGACAGUGCCCGAACUUACCCAAGAAGAAUUAGACCACAUUGCUUACAUACAAAAGUUAGCAGAACAAUCAUCAUUUGAGACUAUAACGAUGCAAAGACCUAUGCCUGCUGCCAAAGAGGAUCUCCCAGACGUGAGCAGGCCGACAGAACAACCUGCCGAGCUAACGCAAGAAGAACUGGACCACAUCGCAUACAUACAGAGGUUGGCUGAAGAAUCGUUUGCUAUGGGAGCGUUCAAAGAUGCCACCAUGAUCAGACAAGCAGAAAUGCAAACACCUACGAGUUCUUCGCUAGACAACGAUGAUUUCGGAACUGCCACUAUGGAGACCAAAGUUGAUGAUAAGCACUUGCAUCUCCUAGAAGACCGAAUUGAGGACGACGUUAUGACAACUUCAGCACAGAAUCAACUCACUCAAGAGGAACUGGACCAUAUUGCUUACAUACAAAAGCUAGCUGAACAAUCCGCAUUCGAGACUGACACGACAACGCAGAUUUCUCGGUUAGAUCAGGAAACAAUGGACAGACCGACAGAACAGCCCAUCACUCUGACGCAAGAAGAAUUAGAUCACAUUGCAUAUAUCCAGAAAUUGGCUGAGGAAUCCUUUUCCGUAGGCCCAUCAAGAGCAGUCGUAUCUAGCCAAACGGAGCAGCAAAAACUCGAACAUUACAUGGAUGACGAAGGCUUGGUCAGGUCGGAGGAGGCGCAGACUAUUGGUGCGCGAGAAGACAGCGAUGUCGUCGUUGCUCCUUCUCAUAUGUUGAAGGAAUCACCGGAAGAUCACGAAGAACCAUUCACCGAGGAAAAGUCGGAAUCAACUUCGGGUGCAGAUCAGUCAUUGCCCUCUUAUGAUUCUCUAGAUGUGGAUGAUUACGACAUCAGCGUCGGGAGCAAAUUCGGCGAUGAAGAAGAACUUCAUCCCGUACAAGAACUUCCUGAGGAUGACGUCGGGCGCAAAUUCGGCGAUGCAGAAGAACUUCAUCCCGUACAAGAACUUCCUGAGGAUAAGUAUGUAGCAGCAUUACAAACAACGAUAGAUCAGACUACUGACGAAGAAGCUCGCAAUGCAGACUCACAAGGGCUUCCACAAGAACCACCCGAGGUUGAGAACGGCCAUGGAGGGUCCAAAGGAGUAUCCUCUUGA